UAAGGUGAUCCACUAGCCCUGGCCUCCCAAAGUGUUGGGAUUACAGGUGUGAGCCACUGUGCCCGGUCUGACAUUGUUUUAAUAGCAGUAAGUGGUCACCCUGUGCUUUAGUCCUAUAAUUUAAGGCCUAUGUACAUAUAAUUGCUCCAAAGCCCAUAAAAACUAUAUUAAAGGAUAUUCUAUAAAACAAUGGGCAUGGACUCUUCCAAUGAUAUAAAAGACAAAAAGCCUAGGAAACUGUCUAAAUUAAAGGAGAUUAAAGAGAUAUAACAACUAAAUGUGGAACCCAAGAUGGCUGCACUCUUGCUGAGACAUGUUGGUCGACAUUGCCUCCGAGCCCACUUUAGCCUUCAGUUCUGUAUCAGAAAUGCUGUUCCUUUGGGAACCACGGCCAAAGAAGAGACGGAGCGGUUCUGGAAUAAGAACACAGGUUUAAACCGUCCCGUAUCUCCCCACGUCACUAUCUACAGUUGGUCUCUUCCCAUGGCGAUGGCCAUCUGCCACCAUAGCACUGGUACUACUUUGAGUGCUGAUGUGGGACCUAGGAAAAGGCCUGAAGAUUCCCCAGCUAUACCAGUCUGGAGUGGUUGUCCUGGUUCUUACUGUAUUGUCCUCUGUAGGGCUGGCACCCAUAUGAAGAAUGGAGGUUCCCAGCAUCAUCUUCCUACGCAUUAUUACAUUCACCCAUCUUUCUGUUUGUCACUCUUAUCUCCAGCCUGGGAAAAGUUCUCCUUAUUUGUUUAGAUCCUUUGCGCUUUCAGAUUCCCUUGGAGCAGUAGAGUACCUUGUAGACUACAAUAGUGGAAAAGGGUCUAGUUUUCUCCUUGUUUCUAAAGAUGGGGUGGCUGCAAAAACUUUUUUGCCCACAGCUUGCCUACUCCUGGGACUAGAAGCAGUUAAUUCUCUUUCCAUAUUGGACUUUGAUUUGUGCUGAGGGUCAGCUUUUGGCUCCUUCUUCCUGAAACAGUGGAAACAAUACCAGCUCUGUGGCUUCUGCCCUGGGGACUGGGGAUGAGGCUUUGGGUCCCACUGCCUGUGGGCUACUGGCUUAAAGGACAGUUCUGUUCAUUGGUGAGAGCCCAGGCCAUUAACACCUAUGCAGUGUUAUUGAAAGAAGAGAGAUGAGGGUGGAGGGGAAUUAGUCUAUCCCAGCUAGAGGGAGAUAAAGAGGGCUAGUUAGUUCUUGGAGCGGCUGCUUUGAGGAGGAAAUAUAUAUAUAGCUUUUGACACAAGAGGAAGAUCCAGAAAAUUACAAAAAAUCCAGCUAAUUUUUUGUAUUUUUA